UAUCAACAAGACGAUGAAUAUCGAACACAAAAUAGUUGAGAAACAUUAAAAAUAAUAAUUCUUCCAAAAUUAUUUUACUUUUAAUUUUAAGUGACCACCAAUUCAUGUUGCUGAAGUUCAAUGUCUGAUUUUAGUGCUUUCCCGUUAAAUUUUAUAAUUUUCCUGUCCAAUAAAAAUGCUGACUGGAACGGUGAUUGUAUACAUAUCCGGUAACGAUGGUAUGGAAUAAGCACACUCGACAUUACGCGCUGGAGUAUUUUAUUUUCUGAUUAUUACGAGGCAAUGCAUAUGGCAUAUACAUCUGUUCAACAAAAUGUCUUCGGAAUCAGAUAACCAAGAAAUUUCGUAUAAUUCGGAGAGAAUGCACAACAUAGAUCCGCUAUGUGACAAUUUAAACGCCAGAUGUUCUGGGUACUAUAGCGCGAAAAUGUACAAGUGGAAUAAUUCGGGUCGAAACGAGCCUUUGACAUUUCAAUGCAAGCUUUCAUAUCCCAACAAGACUUUUAUUUUUGAAAGGAAAACACACUCUGUAGCUACUACAGAAAGCACAAGCAAACAUCUUACUGAUGCUCUGGCUGUAUAUUCAAGAGGCAACCAUUCUCUUUCUGCUGAUGCUAAAUACAGAGUUGCGUCGGAGUCAAUCGAACAGAAUAGAGAAAUGCAAUCAAUGAAUUCUAGAAUUGAUGGGGCCAAACAAUUUUUGGCGCAAAGUGGCAUUUUAGGGACAACCAACUUCACAAGUUCUUGUGACUUAAUAAGGAAAACUUCAAGCAUUCAUAUCGAUGCGACUUUGAGGGAACAGAUACGAAAAACAUCUAUGUGCCUGCGUUCAAGGAUUUUUAUCGAAAAGAAUAUACCAAAAGGCUAUGAUGAACUCAUCAAUUCACUUCAGCAUGAAGUCGAUACAUUAAAGGGAAUCAUAGAUAAUGGUGAAACCAAAAUUAUAACACUGCGUACUGAAAUUGGCAAAUUGAAGAGAGCCCUUCAAGAGAUAAUGCACGUCCAGAUGGUAACUUGCAGCAACGCUGGUGAUGGCUCUCCGAGUCCUAAGGGUACAACUAUUUGCCUUUUUUGUCAACCCAGAAGCUGGACGAGCAAAAAUUAAAAUAAAAACAACUGUUGGAAUCGACUUUUCCAGCAUAGGUUCACUGAAGUUUAUUACAUGCUGUAAUUAAUACAAUAAAACCAUUUCAUAUAAUUAA